UCAUCCAUACAUUGAAUAUUUGAAAAAUAUAAUUUAAAUUAUACAAAAAAAUAUUAGAUCGUUAAAUUUUAAUUAAAUAAAAGUUAAAACAACAAAUGUUAAUGACUAUGAUAAUUCUAAAUCUUAAUCUGAAGAAAUUAUAAAUGUAGAUUUUUAUUUUUAAUCGCAAACUGAUUUCUUUUAUCAUACAAAAUUGAACUUGACAAUUUUUGCUCUUAUGCCAGUGAAAGUGCGAAAUAAAUGAGUGCUAGUAGACUCAUUGAUACUGGAGUUAUAAAUUUAUCAGAUGCUCUGACCUUCCAAUAUAAAGUCAUAUAGAGUAAGGUUAUAAGCUCGUCUAAAAAUUACCGUUUCAAUAUAAAACUUUAAUUAGCAAGCUGAAAAUUAGGAAAUAAAACUCAAAUUUUUCAUUGUGUUUAGUCAGCGUUUUAUACGUAUGAGUAGUGGAACAUGAAAACUGUUUAAAAUUUAAAAUUUUGAAGAGUAUUCACGAUCAUUAUGUCUGCAAGAUUAGUAGAUAUCUUUUUUAUUUUGAUGGGAUUAGCAUUGGGUCCCAUACUAAAAUUUCUUUACGGACUCUACGGAUUUUUCAUCAAUCUCUUGAGUUACAAACCAAUCGAUUUGAAAGCUAGAUUUGGUGACUGGGCAGUUGUUACUGGAUGUACUGACGGCAUUGGAAAAGAAUACGUCAAACUAUUAGCCAAACAAAAAAUGAAUAUAGUUUUGAUCAGUCGAAAUAUAGAUAAAUUAAAUGCAACAAAAGCAGAAUUGGAAAAAAUUUAUCCAGAUAUUGAAACGAUCAUUAUCAAAACAGAUUUUAGCACGGGAAGAAAAGUUAUAGAUGAUAUUAAAGUUCAUUUGAAAGAUGUACCAGUAGCAAUACUCGUUAAUAAUGUCGGUGUUAUCACCGAAUAUCCAAUGUACUUUGGUGAAAUGUCCGAGUCUGAUUUAUGGGAUACUAUCAACAUUAACAUCGGCGCAACAACGUCACUGACACAUUUACUUAUUAAUCAAAUGAAAAAACGAGGUAACGGAGCCAUUGUCAACGUGUCCUCUGCCUCGGAAAUGAUGCCUCUACCUUUGAUGUCGAUUUACUCCGCCAGUAAAAUUUUUAUCAGAUAUUUCUCAGAUUCCUUACGCGAAGAAUAUUCGCCUCAUGGUAUAACAGUUCAAUGUUUGUCGCCUUUUUACAUCAAUACGAAAAUGAUAAAUUUUAGCAAAAAAUUUUCAAAAGCAUAUUAUUUCGUUCCUGAUCCGGAAACUUAUGCCAGACACGCUUUGAAGACUCUUGGAAGAUUGAACUCUACGACUGGAUUUUGGUUGCAUGAUAUACUAAAAUUUCUUUCAUUGAUGAUUCCUACAAGGAUGUUGCGUUCAAAAGUCGGAUUUUUAAUCAAUAAAAUUUAUAGGAAUGAUUAUUUCAAUCUCCAUGAAAAACAAACUCAAGCUUGGAAAAGCUAAUUCGUCAAGAAUGAACAACAGUUUAAAAUAUUAUAAUUUAAUAAAUUCUACGAUUCAUUGAAAAACAAUGAAUCAUUAAAUAAAUAGUAUAAUAAUUCAGCAUUUACUGGUUGCGUGCAUAUUUUUCUUCGCCGCAGCCUAAAUACAACGACAACAUUGAGCUAAAAAAUAAUUAUUUAGAGUAAAAUAUAAACAUUUAAAAUAAGAAAAAUAUAGUUACAGCUAAAAUCAGAAGCACUUGUUGGAUAAGGUCAUUUAAAUUUUUAUUCCAUUGUAUCAUGUAUCAUUUGAAACAUUGUAAUGCAUCUCUUGUUACAAAUAUAAAGUCUUAUUAUCAAGAUUA